CCCCACAACCGCCGCCGUCUUCUCCCUUCUCCCUCCUCCCUCCGACCACCCCAACCGGACCUCCCUCCCCUCGAUGGCGUCCCUCCCUCCCCUCUCACUCCCCCCGAUGGCGUCCCUCCCUUACCCCUCGCCGUCGCCGCCACCUCAGCUCUCCGCUCCCCUGCCGGCCGCGUCGUACGUCGAGCACCAGAAGGAGACGGCCACCUCUGCUCCCCGCUCCCCUGCCUGCCGCCGCCGUCACGAUCAGGAACGACGUCAACGUCAAGAAGGAGACGGUUCAGAUCGAGGAGGAUGAGGAGAAUCCCGGUAGUUUCCUCGUCGCGCUCACCAUCGUCUCUGCAAUUGGAAGGAGGAAUUCCAUUGGAAUGGUAUGUCUUUUUUUUAAAUGGUAGUCAUUUUUUUUAAAUGGUAAUCAUUUUUUUCGUAGUGGUAGUGUUAUUGUCGUAUUGGUAUAGUUUUUGUCGCAUUGGUAUUGAUUUUGUCGCAUUGGUAUUGAUUUUGUUACAUUGGUAUUGAUUUUGUCGCAUUGGUAGUGAUUAAAUCUGCAAUGGUAUUGAUGUUUUGUGAAAUGGUAGUGUUUUUAUUUCUUGAAUAGUAGUUUUCGUGUAAUGGUAUAAAUUUAUUUCUGCAAU